AUUGGAUCGGCACAUUUACUAUUGGCAUACUGUUUCCCGUGCUCAGGCACGCCAUGGGAGGUAGGCGUUCAAGCUGCAUGCCAGGACUAAUCAAUAGGCUACGUAUUUUCGAUCUUCUGUGUGGUUGCCGCUCUAUCGUUUCUUGCAGUCUUGCGUUAUCUACCAAAAAGCAGUCGACGAAUAGUUAGCGAGACGGACCCGUAAAGCAAGAAGGAGCAAGCAGAUGUUGUGCUUGCUACGAGACGUGCUCCAUAUGAGUUCUGCGUGACCUUUUGACUGCUUUAUAGCUCGUGGCAUAGACUUCGUCUUUUCAUGUCCAAAGUGGGUCGUGGCAAUGGCGAGCGUCGCGUCGACGUCGGGGCAAAAGUGACUGAAUCCAUAGAGGCAGAUGACGCCCAACCACUCGACCACCACCGCUCUUUUUCUUCGCCAAACAGCAUCCGUCCAGCAGCCAUCGGGACAUGCUCACGGCUGUUGGUGUCCCUUCGAUUCAUGUCCGAGCAGAACCUCAAUCGCAUGAGCAGUCGAGCCGCUCUUUUGUCGUCCGCGGACCAGGAAGAUGAAGCACACGAAACUGCUGCCAAUGCUCGACGCAGGACACAAUCUCAAGCAACGUUCAGAUCUUUUGCAACUGUCAAGUCAAGUGCAGAUGCCUCCAGGAGCGCUUAUCUUUACGCGAUUGGAAUUGCCCUCCCAAUUUCCCUCGUAUGCUUCACCAUUCAAACAGAGCUGGCGCAAUAUAUCCAGGCAAAGCUACACUAUGAGAAGCCGUACUUCAUGCUCUACGUUACGCACUCUUCGUGGUGGCUCAAUGGUGUUGGAAUGUGGGUCUGGCUGCGGCUAAGACAACCUGGCACAUCUACAACUGUCGUAACCAAGCGCAUGCUGAGCGAUAUCAGUGACACUGCUCGUGCCGUCAUGGCCAAGUCUGGCGCAGGUGACCGCUCAAUGAUACUUCACAUGAGUGCAGUCAUCACAAUUUGCGGUCUUUGCUUAACUGUGGCCGCCACUACAUGGUACCUGGCCGUCAACAUGACGACAGCCUCGGAUCUCAGUGCAAUUUACAACUCUUCAGCCUUCUUUGCUUACGCGUUCUCCAUUCCGCUGCUCAAAGAGAGAGUUCGGUUAGACAAAUUGAUUGCUGUAGGCCUGAGUGUGCUCGGCGUGCUUGUCAUUGCUUACGGUGAUUCUGACCCCUCGGACGACACUGCGAAUUCCAGUAGACGUACUCUUGGCAAUUUGAUCAUCUCAAUCGGAGCGGUGCUGUAUGGUCUCUACGAGGUAUUGUACAAGAAGUUGGGUUGUCCUCCUGACCAAUAUGAGCCAGGCAAGUCAAUCAUUUUUGCGAAUGCCAUGGCCACUGCUCUAGGCCUCUUUACGUUGACAAUUAUGUGGAUUCCUAUUCCAUUACUUCACAUUAUCGGCUGGGAACGGUUCGAAGCUCCGCCAGCGGCUGCUGUCUGGGCACUUAUUGCAUCUGUCGCCGCCAAUUUCAUCUACAGUUCAUGUUUACUGGCAAUGAUUUCACUCACUUCACCCGUGCUCGCAAGUGUCGCAUCCCUGCUGUCCAUUUUCAUGGUGGCCAUCGUUGAUACAUUCAUUACAGGAAAACCCCUGAGCCUGGCGGCUAUUGCAGGUGGAGUCUUAAUUGGCGUGGCAUUCGGGAUUUUAUGCUGGGCUUCAUACUCGUCUCUGGAAGAUGAGGAGUCGACGGAUCUUGAGGACGGCGAUGUCUUUGAAGUCUCCGACGACGAGAGUGACCAGGAAAGGGGGUCUAGAGUCUAAUUUUCGCCUACACAACCAUAGUAAGCAUUGAAUUGCGAAACGAAU